AUGCGCCGUCCAGACAUUGGUCCUUCUCUUCUUUCUCCUGGAAAUUACGACAACGAUGCAUCUUCCUUGCGGUCGCCCUCCGAGCAGGACUCCGAUUCCGACGAUGACGCCCUCCUCGGUCAAAACCGCAGCACCUUGGAAAUCGCAGAGCACGACCGGGCAGUCCUAGAAGAUGAAGAGGAGCUGGAGAACCUUCUCAUCCGGGGUGGAACUGGACAGGGUUUACGGAGGAUUUUCAGCCCAAAUGGUAGCCGUGUGAAGAUUGGGAAGACGAAAAAGGAGCGGCGACAGCGGAGGGGUUCACGUCGUGAGAGGGUCAGUGAAGAUGGAGAGCUGAUGUAUGAGAUGGAAGAGGGAAUUGGUGACGAUAAUGCCUCCCUCUUGAGCGGAUCCUCGUUGGAUUUGGACAGGAAAGGCGAAUACACAUAUGAGCCGCCUCCACGGCCUUCAUGGCGAAAAAUGCUGUUUAUAAUUGCCCUGGUCACCAUUCUCUUCGUCAUCCUCCUCCUCGGGGCAUAUAAAGCCUCGAGCGGUUUCCGGGCUUCACGAGCACACCGUCCACCCUUGCUAUCCAACGGCACAGCUGUCUUUGCGCCAACCACUAUCGUCAUCUCGCUCGAUGGUUUCCGAGCCGACUUUCUUGGCCGUGGCCUGACUCCUGCUCUGAACUCCCUCGUCACCAAUGGCGUUUCCCCGCAAUACAUGAACCCCAGCUUCCCGAGCGUCACCUUUCCAAACCACUUUACACUUAUGACUGGACUCUACCCCGAGAGUCAUGGGAUUGUAGGCAACACAUUUUGGGACCCGAAGCUAAACGAGGACUUCUACUAUACUCGUCCCGCUGUCAGCAUGCAACCCAAGUGGUGGAUGGCAGAACCACUGUGGGUGACGGCAGAAAAGCAACGUGUGAAGGCCGCCAUUCAUAUGUGGCCGGGGUCUGAGGCGCACAUUGGUGACAGGGAACCCAGCUUUUUGGACAAAUACAACGGUACGGAAGUGUUGUCUCGCAAGGUGGAUCGGAUCCUUGAAUUUUUAGAUCUUCCAGGUCUUGAGGAUGAAUCGCAGGUGACACCUGAGCGGCCGCAGCUUAUCGUAGCUUACGUUCCCGACGUCGAUCGGGACGGACAUAAAUUUGGCCCUAAUAGCACUGAGAUCCGAAAGACGAUUUUGGAAGCGGAUACCAUGGUUGCUAACAUUAUGACUGGGCUUGAGCAACGCAAUCUCACCGAUGUGGUAAACAUCGUCGUUGUCUCAGACCACGGCAUGGCCACUACCUCUACAGAAAGGCUGAUUCAGUUGGACGAUUUGGUUGAUUAUGAUCUGAUUGAACAUAUCGACGGGUGGCCAUCUGCUGGUCUGCGCCCCAAGCGUCCGGAGGAUCUGGAGGCCCUCCGGAAACAAUUGGAGAAGGUAGCUCCGGAUUACGAGCAUGCUUUCGAAUUCUACACACAGGAGACAAUGCCUGCACGGUAUCACUUCUCGAACAACGAACGCAUUGCGCCGUUAUGGGUCAUCCCUAAGACGGGGUGGGCGAUCGUUGAUCGGUCAGAGUUCGACGUUAAAGAGGCUUUGAAGACCGGGAAAGAAUACCAUCCUCGCGGUAUUCACGGAUACGACCAUGAGCAUCCAUUGAUGCGUGCAAUCUUUAUUGCGCGCGGCCCAGCCUUCCCACACAAGCCAAAUAGCCGGGUGGAAGUUUUCCAAAAUAUCGAGGUGUACAACAUUGUCUGCGACUCUUUGGGUGUCGAACCCCUUCCAGGCAAUGGCACACUACGACUCCCGCUGAAGCCAGUUGGCCUCCACUCGGAUGAGAACGCACCAGUAUUGGACACGCCUCCUGAUCCUCCGGCUCAAACUUCAGCCACAGCAGGGCCCGCGCAACCAGUGCCCCCACAACCAAAACCAGCACAGCCAGCACCAAAACCCACUUCAACAGCUGAUACACCACCCGCCACAGACCAUCAAAGUGAUGACGAAAAGGGCUCGACCUGGUGGGGCACUCUUUGGCACAAAUUUGAGGACCUGAAGAACUGGGCUGGCGGCGUUGCCGAUGCUGUUCAGGGCAAGCACCCGGAGUCGGAGAGUUGA